CACCAGAGAAGGGUGUACACACAGGCCGUGUAAAACUUUCGGAGCAGCUCAGUUGUCAUUUUUCACUAACCCCUCGCUGUCUCGCUAAAAUUCCCCUGUGCCUGGAUUUGCCUCAAAAUGAAACUGUUCGGCGGCUUGUUGAUUCUCUGCAUGUCCCUGGCCGUGGGGACAGGCACUGAAGAGACAAUUCAGGACAACGCAGCCCAUCCAUCAGCAGUGCCCGAGGAAGCCUCUUUUUCAGAUUGGGGUAUUGGGACCAUCCGGGAUGGCUUUGAGACUGUGAAUGCCUAUUUAGACUACGUAUCAGAGCUGCUAGGAGGGAAGAACGGCGUCUGCCAGUACCGGUGUAGAUAUGGUAAGCUCCUCUUCUUUCACUUCUAUUUAGCACAUGUUUCAUUCCAGUUAGUGAUAGCCUGGGCAAACUCAAACCUAUAUCAGCUUCUCAAUAGUUGACCAGAAUAUUGCUUUCUAUAUAAGAGGCCUGCUGGAUGAGUCCAUAGGUCCAGCCAGGGAUGGAUCUGCUCUGAAAGUAAUGAAGAUUAAGCUUCAGGGCCCAUAAUCCUGGACUGGCCCCAGAAGCGACUUUAGUCCACAAUGCUUUUUUAAAAAAAUGGUUCUAGUAGAUGCAAAUUGAGUCACAUGACUCAAAUUGAUUAUUUUGUUGUUGCUGCAUGUAUUUCAAUAACCCCAAAGUUUGAGAGUCAAUAGCACAGAUGUUGUAAAGGGGAACAGCCCCGCUGAAGAACGUAACAGUGGUUAGUUCAUUGCUGGUUGCAAAGGGGCCCCCCAUAACAAUUCAAGUUUCAGGGCUCCCAAAAUGUCCUGCACCCUGUUCUCACAGUGACCAACCAGAUGCCUGUGGCAACCCUGCAAGCAGGACCUGAGCACAGCAACUCUUGUGGCUGGUAUACUUGGAGGUAGAGCAUAGCCAUCUUGUUGUCAUUUUUUUAUUAUGGUUGAUGAACUUGCACACUUUGGCUAGGCGUAUUUGUUAAUCUGGGCUACAUACUGCUUGAAGUUUCCAAGCCAUCAUCGUUAACAUAGUUUAUGUAAUCCUCAUUUCACCUAUUUAGAAUGGAUAAAUAUAUCCUUUUACUUUUCCCUGAACCAGGCAACAGAUACUUCAAAAUUCAGACCUGGACUAGGGCAGCCUUUGCCAAUCUGCUGUCCUUCAGAUGUUUAAGACAACAACUCCCAUCACAGACCCUCCAAGUGUCCUUAAUUUCCAGGGUUGCCCCGAUUUAGAGAAUCCAUCCCAGUUUCUGAUUUGAUCCUAGAAUGUCCUGCUUUUCCUUACAAUGUCCCUAUUUUCACUGGAGAAAUGUUGGGGGUAUGGAGUCAGCCAACCCCCAAGGUGCCUGAAGGCAAUCCUGUAUUGGGAAGGGGUUUUUUUUAAUGUUUAAUGUUUUCUUAUGUUUUUAUAUCUGUUGGAAGCUGCUCAGAGUGGCUGGGGCAACCCGGUAAGAUGUGUGGGGUAUAUGUUGGAGGAUAUGCCAUCAUCCCCAUCCAUCCAAAAUAUCUGAAGGGCAACAGGUUGAUGAAGACUGGACUUCGAGAAUCAGGAUUUCAGGUGCUGGGUUAGAAAUUGCUUGCACCAGCUAGUGCUACAUGGGCAGUUUCCAUCUGCAUGCAGCUUCUGGAACUGUGCAUGUGGUUUGUGUCACGAGAUAGGAAGCCUUAAGCAAAACAGUCAAGACUGCUGGUUUGGCCAGCUCGGAUUUCUUCUUUAGGAGUAGAAACACUAAACAUUUGCUGUCUAGAAUGGUUUGGGGAUAGUGAAGAACAUCCACAAUCUCUUUGGAGGCCAAAAACUUUGUUUUUUCUUGUUUUGUUGAGACUAACAAGUUACAACCAUACAUUUUGCUUUUAUGGUGCCUCCCACACUCCAUUAACCUCUGAAAUUGGUACCAAUGGAGUCCCCAGGAGCUGUUAAUCAAUUCGCUGCUCAUUUCUUUCCCCAGAGUGGACGGUUGUUAUUCACCUUGAUUUUUCUUUUCUGGGUCACAAAAACUCCUCAAGGCUUUGCAUCUUAAAAAACAACAACAAGCAGACUGAGUAUUUCUGUAAUAUGUGCAGCUGCCCAGUGCUACCGAUGGUUUGGGUUCAAUUCACACAUUACAGUGGUACCUUGGUUCUCAGACUUAAUCUGUUCCAGAAGUCUGUUCCAAAACCAAAGUGUUCCAAAACCAAGGCAUGCUUUCCCAUAGAAAGUAAUGCAAAACAGAUUAAUCCGUCCCAGACUUUUAAAAAAAAACCCUAAAACAGCAAUUUAACAUGAAUUUUACUAUCUAAUGAGACCAUUGAUCCACAAAAUGAAAGCAAUAAUCAAUGUACUGUACUAUAAAAUAAAUAAAACAGUAUUGUAGAUGAUAAAAAUUAAAAUUAAUUUUCUUUCUUACCUGCACAGAUGAUAGUCAUUGUUUGCAUAGGGGGCUUUUAUCCAUUUCUGCAGUCACACAAUCAAUCAAUCAAUCAGUAGCUGAACUGGGAUCCACACAGUCACAAAAACAGAUUAACUGAAAAAGCCUCAAAAACAAAAAGGCAAAAUAAAUAGCAAAAACAAAAGCACCAAAUAUAAGCUCCUAAUAUCACCUUAGAACACUGCAAUCAAGCCUGGGAGGCUUGAAUUACAAUGGGGAGGGUGCAAAUUAGCAGCGCAACAGGGAACACAGGGGGACUCAAAACGGAGCACGUUCGGCUUCUGAAAAAAGUUUGAAAACCGGAAUACCUACUUCCGGUUUUGCAGUGUUUGGGUUCCAAGUUGUUCGUGAACUAAGCUGUUCGAAAACCGAGGUACCACUGUACAUUUUAAUGCAAUGCAAACAAGUAUGCUCAUCAAAGAUUCAGCUGUUCAUCAGGUGUACAUUCAACUGCAAACCUGGGUUAACAGCCAUGUCAUGUGUGGGACAUCCUUGAAGAACGCAAGAAGAGGCCUGCUGGAUGAGGCCCCAGGCCCAUCUAGUCCAGCCUCCUGUUCUCACAGCCAACCAGGUGCCCACAAGACAGGAUCACACAAUGCUCUCCCUUGGCUCAUCCACCAAGGGGAUGGGGGACCGGUGCCAGUAAAAGAAGGGAUGGAUUUAUCCUGUUAUGAUAUGGCAUCUGACAUGUCAUCGAGGGUUAGGGCAUCUUGCCAUUCAUUUGUUCUUGGAAUGCUGACAGCUAGGUUGGCAACCAGCGAAAGUUUGAAGAACUUUCUGUCCGUAUCUGAAGUACAGGGGCUUCCACAGACUAUUUGGCUCCUGGAGAGUAAAUAAUGCAGUACCUCAGACCACUCUUCCACCCCCCACCACUCUGACGGGCAACAAAGAGAGAAUAAUUCCUAUAUUUUCAGGGUAUGAGUGUCAUUGCUUAUGCAACCAAAAGGCAUCACACAGAGACACACACACGAGGGGAAUAUUUACAAGUUUGGGGGAGUCCCAAGUUUUUAGAAGGUACAAAAACCCUGAGAUGGAAAUGCAUUGUGUUUCUUGGCCUAGCUGCAUUUCCAUUGAAUACAUGAACUGGAUCAUACAGAGAACAAGGAACCCACAGUAUUGGGUUGUUGGCAUGCAAUGCUACUUAUGGGAGAUACAUAUUUGCUCAUUGACUGUUGACAUCUUUUGAAAUACUACAUUUUACAUCAGAUAAAAUAAAAAACAAGAUGUCAACACUUGAAUUUUGACAGGAAACGCCCUUUCAAAAUGAGUAUUUCAAUUCUGAAUGUGAAAUGGAUGUUUUACAUGUUGAGUACUGGAAUUAACCACUUUGCUAGAUUUUUAAAAACACCUUUGCAAAAUUAAAUUUUAAUUGCAAUUCUAGUCUGUUGUAAAUAGCAUGAAAUAAAGGAUAUGGAUAUGUAUAGAUAUGAAUGACUUCAACUUUAUAUUAUGAAACUUGUUUGGCAACAGACUAUGGGGGACACUUGGAAUAGUGCCAGUCAGGGGACUCAAAUAUCCAUCAACGAGGGCAGGGCCCAAUCCUGCUUGUUGUAGCAGUGACAUCACUCAGUACCCUCUACUGUGCAGCAGCACUUCUGUACAGGGGCAAAGCUUGGCUCCUAUCUAUGGCGGCCGCCUGCCAUCUUACAUCACCCAGAUGCAAUGCCCUGGCCAUUAGAUCAAUGAAUACUAGAGGUUUCAUUGACCUAUGGGCCAGGGACUUACAUCUUGGGCCACUUAAAAGAUCAGGUGGCUACCAUAGAUGGAUUCAAGUUUCACCACCGCCUGGUGCUAAAGGGCCCUUCCAGCCCCCUGGGGCCUUCAGCUGUUGCUUCUAGUCCUGUUCCCAAGGAUGCCCAACUAAAUUGAUUCCUUGCUCUUUGGCAAAGCCAAGCCAGUCCUUUCCUGAUGCUCACCAGCCCUGCAAUAAGCUUUGUACAAAGUCCUCCUUCCCAAGGCUGUCACAUCUAGAACUAUUAAUGCUUUCUUUGGGUGUGUUAUCCACUUGUCUUACAGGGAAAGCACCAAUGGCCAGGCCAGAUUACAAGUCUCCAGAACCCAAUGGCUGCAGCUCCUAUUUCCUGGGUCUCAAGGUACCCGAAAGUGUAUGUACUGCUAACAUCUCAUUACCCAGUGAAAUGAUUUACUAACCACACUUGCCUUUUCAGGCAGGAUUGUGAUUGCUUGGUGCUUUUUGUCCCUUGAUCUGUCCACGCUCUCCAAAUGGGAAGAGUGUCCCGCUCAGUGUUUGCCCAGACAGCCACUCUCAUCCUGAUGUCAAGUGCAAGCUGUCUGCCUUGUGUGUGCCAGAGGUGACGGCUGGCUGCUGAUGGCAAACAAAGUGAUCACGUCUCAACUGACUGCUACCCGUAUAAUUUACUGUUUGAUUGGCCAGUCACCCGAGCAUUUAGCUUCCAACUGUUGGUGGCUGCUGUGGUGAACAAAUAAAUCCUCUGGAUGGGGACUGCAUAAAUGGAUGCAGGAUUCACGACUCCAAUUAUCUUCAUAAUUACAGAAAGGCAAAAAUGAAAGAAAGCGGGAUCUGUAAUAAAAACGAGUGGAAAAGCACUCCAAAGAGCUGACAUGGUACCUGGAUGUGGACCAGAUUGGAAUGCAUGAGUUGUAACUGAUGGGCUUUGGUCCUAAAUGCCAACUGGCACCAUCGCCUCAGAGGGACUCAGCAUCUGGCAGUUUGAGGCUGAUGGGCAAUAUCUUUUUCUUUUCUUCUUCUUUGGCAAUCACUCGUAGCCGAUUAAGAUUGUCUUCCAUAAACAGGAUUUUAACAGUGGGUUUGUAAGUGACUGUGGAGGCCAAUUCUGGAUCCACACGUCCUUCCACAGUGGGGACAUAGGCUUCCAGGUGGGAGUUGGUCAUGGUGAGGGUUUGCCAAACGUGCCUUCCUCUUAGCACGUUUCUCCCUUUCGUUCGAGUGUUUUGAGUUCGAGUGUCUUCAAAGCCCAUGACACCUUUGGUGAAGGCUGUUCUCCAAUUGGAGCACUCUCAGGCCAGUGUUUCCCAGUUGUCAGUUUUUCUACCACAUUUUUAAAGAUUUGCCUUGAGAGAGUCUUUAAACCUCUUUUGUUGACCACCAGCAUUAAACUUUGCAUUUUUAAGUUUGGAAUAGAGUACUUGCUUUGGAAGACGAUAAUCAGGCAUCCGCACAACAUGACCAGUCCAACGAAGUUGAUGUUGAAGAACCCUAUAUAAAUGACAGUGUCCCCUUGUUCUGUAAACGUGAGUUGCUCCUGGUCAGUGGAAGCCUCGCCAUACAUGGCUUGAUGUUUCCUUGGAGAAGAUUCGUCCUUCUUUGAUGCUGGUCAGCAAAUGAAAUAUAUUUCACUGUGUUCAGGGUGUUACCUGACCAAGAAAAGAAAUAUGUGUGGUUCAUUGACAUAUUCAGGUCAUCUGUGGCGAAGGUGGAUGAUGACAAGCCUGUUCUUGUAUUAACUGCCAUAUCUGUAGUCAAAAGCCAUGGGCAACCACAUGUUAGGACAGCCUUCCCCAACCUGGUGCCCUCCAGAUGGUUUGGACCACAGCUCCCAUCAGCCUUGACCAGAGGCUGAUUUAAGACAAAGGUAACCAACAAGGUGCCAGGUUCAAUCCCCGGCAUCUCCCGCUACGUCUGGGAGAGACCCCUUCCUGAAACCUUGGAGAGCUCCUGCCAGUCAUUGUGGGCACUGCUGAGCUUAGUGGACCAAUGGUCUGAUUUGGUAUGAGGCCGCUUCCAAUGUUACUCCUUUGAGGGGAAUUGGGAGCCUACAAAAUCUGAAGGACACCAUGUUAGCUCUGCUCAAGGAACUAUGGCAUUGUUUCCCAAGACAAGUGACAUGGUAAUUUGAUAGGCAUAAAGGUAAAGGUAAAGGGACUCCUGACCAUUAGGUUCAGUUGUGACCGACUCUGGGGUUGCGGCACUCAUCUCACUUUAUUGGCCAAGGGAGCUGGUGUACAGCUUCCAGGUCACGUGGCCAGCAUGACUAAGUCGCUUCUGGAGAACCAGAGCAGCGCACGGAAACGCCGUUUGCCUUCCCGCCGGAGCGGUACCUAUUUAUCUAUUUGCACUUUGACGUGCUUUUGAACUGCUAGGUUGGCAGGAGCAGGGACCGAGCAACGGGAGCUCACCCCGUCGCGGGGAUUCGAACUGCCGACCUUCUGAUCGGCAAGUCCUAGACUCUGUGGUUUAGCUAUUGUUUAAUCUCACUGCAGCAUGUUUUUCUCAUCCUGUUGGUCUCCUAAGAACCAUCAGUAUCAGGCAGUUCAAUCCGUUGCAGCUAAUCCAUGCAAAAUUAAAUUUUAUAAACAGCAUUCAGAGAAGAAAUAUGAGGGGAGGGAGGGAAGCAAUGUUGUGUGUCAGAGAAUCUUUUCUUCCCUCUCCUUUCAUGUACAGCUGGAUAUGGGUAUCCCUGCCAUGACUAAGUGUUGCAACCAGCUGGAUAUAUGCUAUGAUACCUGCGGGGCCAACAAAUACCGCUGUGAUGCCAAGUUUCGCUGGUGUUUGCAGUCCAUCUGCUCCGACCUCAAGCGCAGCCUUGGCUUCGUCUCCAAGGUGGCAGGUGAGUUUCCCACCCAGGGAUGCAUUAAGUGGAAGGAAGUGUAGCUCAGUGAUGGCUGACUUCCUAAGCAGUUGGUGGGAAUGAGGCAGUAGGGAGUGUCCUUUGAAGGGGUGAAACUUAAUUUUUUCAAGUUUCUUCAGUUUCAAAAACAUGUUUUUGGGUGUGAGGAAUUCAAAUCGGCUGUUAUUUUUGUGAUGGGACAACCUUUAGCUUGGUAAGUCUACGCUUGAUGAAGAAGCACAUAAACUGCUUUGGGAAAGCAAAAUAAUUUUAAUUUUACUUUCUGAAAAUGCCAGGUAAUGGUAUUUCAAAUUAUAUUUUAAUAAGCACCAAAGAUACUUGCUAGCACUUCAGACACCACACUUUUACAUAGCAUCAGCAGGAGCUAUUACAAAUGGAAAGUGGACCGGGCAAACAUAAGCUGCAUAACAUACAUUUAAAGCAGUAUGCUACCACUUUAAACAGCCAUGGCUUCGCCCAAAGAAUUCUGAGAGCUGUCAUUUGUUAAGGGUGCUGAGAGUUGUUAGGAGACCCCAGUUCCCCUCACAGAGCUACAAUUCUCAGAGUUGCCUAGGAAGAGGUGUUGAUGGUAAAACCACUUUGUGAACUGUAGCUCUAUGAAGGAAAUAGGAGGUCCUGUAAAAACUCUCAGUACCCUUAACAAACCACAGCUCCCAGAAUUCUUUUGGGGGAAGCCAUGGAUGGUUAAAGUAGUAGUGUAGUGCUUUAAAUGUAUGUUGUGAUGUGGCCAUAAACAUGUAGUCUGUGUCUGGCCCCAGGCAAAUGUUGGGUUCAUGAGCUGCCAAUUAGCUACCUCAGUGUAAGGAUAGGAAGAUGUGUCCAUGUUGGUUGUUUUUCCCCAUUUCUCCAGUCUUAAACUGGGUUACUCGUAUUUCUACAUAUGUUUUCAAUCCUUUCUUUUUUUUUAAAAAAAAGAAGUCUUCAGGCAUAUUUGUAUGCAUUUCUAUGUGCAGUUCUCCUCAUGCACACCUUGUCACAGUCAACUUUUUUUUUAGUUUAUUCAUUUUCGAGAGCAAUUUCCCCCAACAGAAGGCCUGUUACCUUCACUGUGAGUUUUUAUGCGCAGCUUUCAUUAAUAUUACAUUUUUGUACAUAUUCUUUGGCUGGAGAAAUGCAGUGCAAAAUCUGGUGACGGGCCAAUUUCCAAGAAGCAUUUCAGUAUUGUAGUGGGAGAAUUUGGGGAUUUAGCGUUAAAAUGCAAACUAAAUCAAUUUCUCCCCCUUCACUCCUCCCGUGUAGAUGAGCAGAUUUUCAGAAAGAUUCCCUAGGAAUCUUAAUAAGUGGGUUGGGGAGGGGGAGGAGUGGACUGCCUAAUGUGUGCUGCUUUGAAAAAUAUUGUUCCCACAGUGUCUAGCCUUUCUCUCCCCCCCCCCCCAUUUACCCCUCUCUGGUUCAGCUUCCAGCAAUUAGAUGGCCAAGGGGUCACUAAUUUAUUUUCCAAGUGUAACAAUUAAGAUAAAUGGGGAAGUUCAGAGCUGCUGAUGCAGACUCUCAGCAGAUUCUCUAAGACAGUUUCCCUCAUCAUUGGCUUCCUGUCUCAUUAGGAUGAUGGAACGUGUGUGGUUUUAGUACUUAUAGGUGUACACAACCUACUAGAAACCGAAGAAAAAAAUCAUGCCAGUUGCCCUGUAAAGAUUAUAUGCUGUGAGCAUCUUAGCGAUUCAUCACUUGCAUCAGGGAUGGGGAAUCUGCAGGUGUUGCUCAGUUUCAACCAUCCUUGACCAUUUCCCCCGCUGACCAUUCAAACCUUUCAGAUAUACCAGCUUCCCGUUUUCCUAGAUUUCCUCUGCACCAUGAGGAUCAAAACUUAUAUUAAACUGAAGUAAUGAAACUCCCCACUUAAUUAUGGGUCUUCCCCUUGCACUCCUAGAUCACAUCUUUGCCAGGGAUGCAGGAACCUUUAUUAUUAUUAUUAUUAUUAUUAUUAUUAUUAUUAUUAUUAUUAUACCGCCCUAUACCUGGAGGUCUCAGGGCAGUUCACAGAAUAAAAGCGAAAUAUAAAACUGCAAAAUACAUAAUCAAAAUAACAACAACACAAUAAUGCCCCCCCAAAAGCCACAAUUUAAAAGGGCAUAGAAUGUCAAUCAAAUCAACCAAAGGCCUAGUUAAAAAGGAACAUUUUUGCCUGGUGUAUAAUGAAGGCGCCAGGUGAACUUCUCUGGGGAGAGCAUUCCUCAGAUGGGAAGACACUGCAGAGAAGGCCCAUUCUUGUGUUGUCACCCUUCGGACCUCUUGAGGAGGCAGCACAUGCACACAAACCUGCUAUUUACUUAAAAAGAAGAAGGGUGAGAGAGUCUGAUUAUAAAUGUAGUAUCUUGUUUAGCUGUUAAUAAGAAAGGGAACAGUCAAGUAUAGUAGGGGUAUGGAACCUUUCUCCUACAGGCCAAAUUUGGCCUGCCAGACUUCUCCAUUUGGCAAGCUUUGGCAUUUGGGGCAAGCUACGCCCACCUGCCCUACACCUGAUGGGGAAGGCAAGGGCAGAGCUUGGCCAAAAGGGGCUUUGCAGGCACUUAGUGCCUGAAAAGCUCCCUGUGCAGUGCUUGCAAAGCACCCAACAACCAGAUGUUGAGCGCUUCAGAAACGCUACGCAAAGGGCUUUGCAAACCCUAUGAUUAAUGCUUGGCAAGCGCUGAGGGGAGAACUUGCAGAAUAGAAUACUUUGUGCAGCACUUCCCAACCAGCCUGACAACCUGCUUCCCAAGCGCUGGGCUUUGAAAUCUUGCUGAGUCCUAGGCACAGCACCCAGCUAUCAGGUGGCUGUUGGAUGUUUGGGUAGAACUGGGCACAGCACCAUCGUCAUGGGUCAACAAUGACAUGCGUCAAUAACCCAAUAUCAUCAUGACUUCAGAUGACUGACAAGUGAGUGGUUCCCCAUCACCACCUGGCAAAGUUGGCCCAAGAGGUUCAGGGGAGAUAAAGAUAUGGCCUUCUGGGCUGAAGGUUUCCCCACCCCUGGACUAUAGUGUGAUAUUCUAGUGAGCAUCCACAAAAUAGUCUUUGGCUGAGCACAAACAUGACAACGUUUUAUGGAAAGGUGAGGUAGAAAUCCUAGCAAUAAACAAAGAAAUUUGCAAUCCAAAUGACAGAACUGCUUAUCAGCUACACCAGACACAGGAAACUGGGAACUAUAGCUUACCCCCACAGACCUACAGUUCCCAGCAGCAUUCCUGGGGAUUUUUUUAGGGGAAACCAUGCACCUUAGAUGUAAGGGAUGUCUCCAUAGCCUAGCACUUCUCAGCUGGCAGUUCCAAUUAAGCUAAACCAGCUCCCCUUGGUAUGAUGGAUCAUGAAACUGUCUGUAUGACAAGCAGCUGCCUAUAGAGAAGCAGACCAAACCUCAGUAGGCACACAGUGGAAAUUGUUGGUUGGCCCUGACAUGCGCCUCUUUGUCCUCUGUUCCAGCAUGUGAAUCAGUAGCCGACGCCGUAUUUAAAACAGUCAGGACUCUGGGCUGCCGUCCUUUCAUGGACAGCCAAAGAAGCGCUUGCAUUUGUCAGGAGGAAGAACGGGAAGAGUUGUGAGGUGAGCGUCAAACUGCCUGACAGCGAUGGCUCUGGAUUCAUGCGCCCCUUUGCUUAGAAGCGGGUCCGGUCUCUACUCCCUACACAGGUGCAAUUUUUGGCAGCGGUUACAUUAGGGGAGCAGAUCAUUGCGAUCACUGCAAAUGCCUUAAUUGCAGCUUGAAGACUGGAACCGAUUGCCUUGGCCCGGCACCCUCGUCUGUUCCAUCUGACAACUUCUUUCACCUUCCCAAAGCAUCUGUUUGGCAUAAUGACAAACCUCAGUGAAGACCAACUGCGAUGUGUGUGUGUGUGUGUGUGUGUGUGUGUGUGAGCAUUCCAGAUGUGACAAAGGAUACAGAGAAAAUGUGACAUUGGCUAUGGUACAUUUCCGCAGCAAAUAUUCACACAGCCGACUGGCUGUUAUCACCAGACAUUUAAUGCUGCCAUAGUGGUGUAGAGCCAGUCAAGGGUCAUGAGAAUCCCAUUCUAUUGGAAAAACAGGUGCAGGGUUGCACCAGUAGUCCUGGAUCAUGGACUACUCAACAGCACACAGAAUGGCUGGUUCUGGGGAUUUCCCAAAAGACAAAAAAAGAGGGAAGAAUGACAAGAUCACAGUGUGGGUUUUGAAGUUACUCUUAAUUUUAUUUCCAUUAAGGCAUUGCUCCACUUAAAGAGAAGCAACAUACAUAUUGCUUAAUAACAAGAAACAAAGGUAUAUUGACUAUUUGAAAAGUUUAUUAUGGUAGGCCGUUGUAAAACUAACUUUUAUUAAAUAACAUAUAUAGUUCAAAAUAACAUCAGAGCUUGCCAGUAACAUUUACGAUGCACUCUUCUAGCUACAAAGGAUUACUAUUAUUUUACAACUUCGGGUGGCACAACUAUAUAUUUUUUUAGAACCAUCCUCAUUCUUCCAAAAUAUAACUCUUAGAUCCUCUGGGUUAUUUCUCUGUAAACACAAAUUGCCACUUGUCCCAAAUUGAACAUUUUUGAUAUUUUGCCUGUUGCCCUCUGAUAAAAUAACACCAUGAUUCCUUUUCUAAACAUAUCCUGCUGCACCUAAACAUAUGUUCUCUGGUUCUUGAUUAUCUGAAACUCUUGGAGCUGUUUUUAACACUGUUGAACUUGUCCAACCAUUUACAUUAUGAAUGCCUUACAGAAUUUACUCCUUUCAGUACAGUAUUUACUCUUUUCCAUGAUCCCAUAACUAAAUAAAUCCCCCCUCCCUAUUUAGGCUAUCCUGCGAUAAGUGUGUUGUCUCCCAAUAUUUCAUUCCUCUAUCUGGGUUGAUGUUUGGUAGGUCCAUCAGUUAGUUGUUGAGCUUUGCGGAAAUUCCCCCCAGACGUCAAUUCCACCUUUGAAAUCCCGGUAAUGGCAGCCCUACAUCAGUUUCCUAUACUGCCUUUUAUCAUUAUAUUUUAAAUUCCUAACAAUAGGUGUGCAUGAUGAGAGCAAUAUGAUCAAAACAUUACAAAACAUAAAUGCUCUGUUAUUUGGGAUGGAGAAUGGAGAUUCACACUAUAAGAAUGCUACAAUUAAUGAACUUCCUAGUAAUACACAGUUAGCAAGUUAAAACAUAUAGAAUUUUCAGCACCUAGUUCCGAAGCUUUUUUUUUUUUUUUUAGUGUAGAUUAUAUAGUUUGAACACAUGGUGCAUAUAUCUUACAUCGGUGCUGACAGUGAGCCUAUGCAAGGCAUUUGGCUACAACCAACAAAAUAUUUCUUAAUAAUCCUUACAAAAAGUAGAGAGAAGAUGCAGGAAGAGGACAAUGCAAAGGCCUUAAAGGGGAACAACACGAAUUCUGGACUUUCCUGGCCAGGGCUUGCCAAAGGCAUUUUCCUGCUUGUGUUGAAGGACAAAAGGGAGCCUUCACCCCCAUUCUAUAUAUUGACUGUAAGUUUAAUUUUACUACACCUGAAGGCAGCAUCUCACCUGAAGCUGCCCAUUCCCCAGCAUCUGCUGCAUGAGGCAGCUGCCCCCUUCUGCCGAAUGGUAGGACUGGCUCUGAUUCUAGCAUAAGUACUUUGUGGGCUAUAGAGAAAGAUGUUCCCCAACAGUAUCACCGAAGUCCACAAAAUUUAUUGAAUAGGAAAUAGAGACUAAGUUGGUAACCCUAUUCACACUUACUUUGGAGUAAGCACUAUUGGACAAGGUGGUACUUACUUCUGAGCAGACAGUAAUAGAGUUGCAUUGCAUUUCUUUUCACUGAAUCCAGUAACUUGAAUUAAUCCUAUGUCAUGCAGCCAUCUUUUACUGGGUGAGAUCUAUCACACUGACAUUUGGAUUGGUGUUCAUGAAUCUGUCGCUGUGAAGAGCUUCAACACCUUUCCAGACUGCAAAUUACUAUGCCACUGGUUCAUCUGGCUUUAGGAAAGAUUUUUCUAGGUCAUGAUGAUAUAGGAUCUCACCAUUUAAAUACUAUAAAGUGGUUCAAAACUCCUAGAUUUUGAACCACU